AUGGCCUCGCUGCUUAUGUCCGUCUUUGACGUUGUGCGCUUCGUCUCGGGCUUCUCGUCCAAGAACGCCAUCGUCGACCAGUACAACUGGAGCUACAUCGAGCGGCCCGGCAAGGACGAGAAGGAGGACGUCGUCGUGUUUCUCCACGGCUUCAGCUCAGUCAAGGAGUCGUGGGUCCGGGUGGCCCGCGGCGUGGACAAGCGCUACAAGAUCGUGAUCCCGGACCUGCCCGGCCAAGGCCGCACCACACCCGUCGACACGCUGGCCAACUACUCGAUGCCCAGCCAGGCCUCGAGGCUGCACGAGUUCCUCCAAAAGGAGGUGCCCGCGGACAAGAAGAUUCAUCUUGUGGGCUGCUCUAUGGGCGGCAUGCUCGCCGGAGUGUACGCGGGGAUGUACCCGGAGCGUAUCAAGUCCCUCACCAUGGUGUGUCCUGCGGGCAUCUCCAUGCCCAAGAAGAGCACGCUACUGAAAAUGCUCGAGGACUCGGGACGGAACCUGUUGCUCGCCCAUACAGCGGAAGAUCUCGAUGAGAUGAACCGUCACCUCAGCUAUGAACCGCAUAGAAUCCCGCACCUGUUCCUGAACGUUUUCGCCUCGGAACGAGAGAAGCAGUUGCCUGUGCUGGAGAAGAUCGUCGGAGACUCGUUGCAGAACCCGACCGUGUUGGAAGAUUUGUUGCCGAAUAUUCGCGCUAGAACGUUGGUGAUGUGGGGAAAGCAUGACCAGGCGCGAGGACCGGUACUGCUCUUUGACGACUGCGGACACAUUCUGCAACACGAGAAGCACGCCGAGUGUACGACUGCGAUCAACAAGUUCUUGGCGGGCGAAGCGUUCUCAGUCAAGAACCUCAUGUAA